GAUAAGAAUACAAUAAUGACCUUAAAUCUAUCCACUCCUGGUUUGAUUUCUGUACUAGUUAGUCGGUUUACGUGGUCAGUGGAAAACAUGAUCACCGCUAUUUUUUAUAUAAUCUUUUUUGUUGUUACAAGAUCAUACGCAAUUUCCAAAGAGUCCAAAGUAAAUUACUACGAAAACUUGAUCAAAGAAAAUGUUCAAAGUGCAAGCACAUAUAAGUUGCCUGAAAAUGCUGCUCAAUAUAAACCAACCAAUUCGUCAAUUAAAAGUAUUGGUAAAUACGAUUUUAUAAUAGUAGGAGCUGGAAGUAGUGGAACAGUUAUAGCUAACAGACUGAGUGAAAUUAAAAACUGGAAUAUAUUAAUACUAGAAGCUGGAACCUAUGGUAAUCAAUUUAUAGAUAUACCAGCAAUGCAAUUUGUGACACAUCAAAGUAAAUAUAAUUGGGGUUUUAAGAGCACCCCUCAAAAAAAUGCUUGCUUAGCCAUGAAAAACGAAACAUGUCCAUGUCCUAGAGGACGAGGUGUUGGAGGCACAACAUUAAUAAAUGGUUUGGUCUAUUCCCGUGGUUCCAAAUUAGAUUUUGAUAAAUGGGCACAACUGGGCAACAAUGGGUGGUCGUACAAAGAAGUUUUGCCUUAUUUCAAAAAGUCCGAAGCUUUUCAUCCCAGCUCUUCGGCACCAUUCGACCAAGAUUAUCACGGACAAAAUAAUAAUUUAAACGUGGAAUAUCACUACCCCAGUAGUACUGAAGGAAAGGCUUUUUUAAAAGCCUUCAGUACUUUGGGAUACGAUCUAGUUGACUACAAUGGUCGUAAAAACAAUGGUGUCUCACCAGCUCAGACCAACACAAAACGUGGACGACGUGAAGAUGGUUACCAUGCCUUUAUAGAACCCGCCAGAAAUAGAUCCAAUUUGUUUGUAGCCACCAACAGUUAUGUCACCAACAUUUUGAUCUCCAAUGAGUCUAAAACAGCUGUUGGAGUACAAUUUGUCCAUUACGGUCAAAUUUAUAAAGUCUAUGCUAAAUAUGAAACCAUCAUAUCAGCUGGUUCAAUCUUAACGCCGCACAUCUUGAUGAAUUCCGGCGUUGGUCCAUCGGAACACCUAAAUAAACUUAAAGUACCUCUAGUGAACGACUUGCCAGUAGGUGAAACUUUGCGAGAACACGCAUCAUAUAGCAUGACAAUAUCAUACAAUGCAUCAGCUGAAUAUCUUCCAAUGUCGAGCUUCAUCAAGGAAUAUUUCAAAGGGUAUGGGUACUUAGCUUUGGGGGGUCCGACUGAAUGUGUGGCUUACGUACAAACUUCAACAGAAAGCGUACCCAUGUAUCCUAAUUUGGAAAUAAUACUGUCUCCCAAUACCGGUAACUCCACUCCUGGUGUACCACUGGAAGAAUUUGACUACAAAGAAGACUUGUUGACUGCUUCAACAAGUUCGAAUCUGCAGUCCUUCACCAUAGCUUUAGUGGCUUUGCAUACAAAAUCUACUGGAGUGGUUAAAUUGAAAAGCAAUAGUCCUUAUGACUACCCAAUGAUAGAUUUCAACCUCUUAAGUGACCAAAAUGAUCUUAAAACGCUUGUGGAAGGGGUUCAGUUUGUUAAAAAAUUAUUGGAUACACCAGCAUUUAAAAAGAUUAAUGCCAGUAUAAUUGAUACUCCCAUAAAACCAUGCCAAGCAUAUAAAAAUAGUUCUGAGGAAUACACAGCUUGUCUUAUCCGAUAUUAUUCAAUUAGUGGAUUUCACCCUGUAGGUACUUGUCCAAUGGGGGCCGUUGUUGAUGAUGAAUUAAAAGUAUUUGGCAUUAGAAACUUAAGAAUUGCUGAUGCAAGUGUUUUUCCUACUGUAACGUCUGGUCAUCCAAAUGCAGUGUGUGUUAUGAUUGGUGAAAAGUUAUCUGACAUGUUAAAAACAGAUUAUUUCAAAUAUAGCUAGCGUAGUAAUAUAAAUACAAGAAUUAACAAAAAAAAUUGGAUUUUUACUGAAUCAUACGUGGGGAAUUUACCUCACCAGAAUGGUCAAGUUAAAUGAAUAUCCACCGUGACAAUACUAGUU